AUGGAGCUUAGAAAUUUUGAACAAUUUGGUGAUGAUGGAGAAGUUUGGUUCGGAGAAGAUGUUCAAAAGAAGAGUGUUUAGUAUAUACUAAAGAAUUUUGAUAUAGAAAAAUAAUAGCCAAGUGUCUUGGAUGUUGGAACUGGUAAUGGUGCAUUCCUAUUCAAGCUUGCAAAGAAAGGAUUAUAAAAUUUGAAAGGCAUAGACUACAGUGAAUUUUCAAUAAGACUAUCUGAAAAGAUAAGAAGUGAAUUAGAUUAUGCAGAUCAUGUGAAGUUUGAAUUUUAAAAUGCAUUUGAACAUCUUGAUUAGCAAUAGUUUGAUGUGAUUCAUGAUAAAGGAACUUUUGAUGUGGUAGUCAUGAACCCUGAUCUAGAUAAUCAUGACUAUGCUGUCUCAUUAAGGUACAGAUUAAAGAAAGGAGGAAUUUUUAUCAUAACCAGCUGCAACUGCACUUCUGAAGAGCUAGAUUAGAUCUUUUAAAAACCAGGUGUUUUCAAAAAGAAAGAGGAAAUUAAGGGGUACAAAAGUUUUACUUUUGGAGGAGUAGUUGGCUAAGUAAUCUAAUCUUAACUUGAAAUAGAGGAUUCAUAAAAAUCAUUCGACCAAUGUGUAUUAUGCUUGAGUAAAGUUCAAGAGCCGAUGGUCUGCAAGAAAGGGCAUCUCUUCUGCAAGAUUUGCAUUAUAGAAAAUUUGAUGAAGCAAAAGAAAUAGAAAGACAUGGAGAUAAAGAGAUACCUUCGAGAAUAGGAAACAAUCUCGUAAUAGAAGUAGGAAGAGGUAUAGAAGCAGGCGCUUAACAAAAUUAAUACCUUUGAAAGCAAGGAACUUGCUAUGCCUCAGGCAUCUCUUACUUCAAAAUAGAUAAAGCUUCAAGAUUUGAGUGAUGAUUAAAGAGUAUAACAAGAGUAAUUAGAAGAAAUGCAAAAGAAAAAGGAGGGCCCUACAGUCAAAAGAGAGGAUUAAAAGUAGGAAUGGAUAAAGACUAGCUUCUGGGCUCCUGAUAAUGUUCCAGCACUUUAAAAAGAGGAAAUGAAAGCACCAUCAAAGAAACUAAUCUGCCCUGCUCAGAUAAAAGAGAGUAUUGAGGAGCAUUAGAUAAAAAUGAAAGACCUAGUUAAUUUGAAAAUGGAAUAAAAUGAGCAAAAUGAGUAUAUAUGCUGGAUUUGCAAGAAGGGCCUAGUCCAUCAGAAAAUAAUUGCCUCUAAGAAAUGUGGUCAUGUAAUGUGCAAAGAAUGCGUCACAAAGUUUUGUCUAGUCAGUAAUAAGAAUGAAGAAUAGAGAUUUCAGUGCAACGUUUGUGAUAAGCAAUUUGAGAAAAAAGAUAUGAUUGAACUUAAGGAAAGUGGUUCAGCCUUCGCGUCUCAUUCUAAAGUAGAAGCAACUAUACAAAAGCCAACUUUCUAAUGCUGA